AUGAUGCCCUCUUCUAAUCUCACUUCAUUCCAUCUCACUUCACUUCGUUUCCUCAGCCGUCGAGUUGCGGGGCAAUCGUCCAUCUUAAAUGAAAUCGCGGGGUCCACUCUCACUCUUUGUCUAUCGCGACUCCGCAAGAACUCGCGGUUGAGGUGGCUGGGAACAACACGCCAGCUCACAUGGGUUCUGCCUACUACCAAGAAGUCCUCUACAAUAAUAACUAAACUCCUUGAGCUGGAAAUAAAAAAAAGAGGAAAAAAAAACAUGACAACCCACGAACUCUACAUCCCCAUCUCAGGGCCAGGCCUAACUCCCCAAUCCCGGUCCCACUGGUCCUUCCUCCUGCGCACCCCAGGCAAGAGCUACGGCGACCUCUUACACGUGCAGGUCAUCGACCUCGACAGACUCUGGUACCAGUUCGACAGCAGGGAGGGGAUCGACCUCACAACGCUACACGCGGAGGGGAUGGUCAAGAUCACGGAUCUGAGCGCGGAGCAGCGCCGGCGGGUGCUGAGUGUUAUCCGUGCGGAGGCGGCGCCGAGGGAUGGGAAGAGGAAGUGUCAGGAGUGGGUUGUUGAUGCGCUGGUUAGUCUUGAGGUUGAGGAGCUGGUGCCAGAUGGGACGGCGGAGGUUUGGAGUGGGCUUGUUGGGAGGGGGAUGGGGGAGGUUAGGGGUGUUUUUAUGGAAGGGGAGGGGAGGUGGGUGUCGCUGAGGGGGUUGUGA